AUGAUAUUUGCUGUCUUCCAUUCCGAUGGCAGUCUUCCUAAUUCGAAUGACGAGCAGAAGAUGUGUGCCAGUGGUUUGGAGGGUUCGUUCGCCCAAUUCUUUCAAGAAUUUGGCCGACAUAUUUUCCGGACCCGAGGACUUUGCUUCUUUGAGAUAUUGUAGCUCCCUUUCCACAACAGAUGUCGGGAAGAGUAUGGAACCAAGCUCAGGACCGACGGUCUCAACAGCAUUUCUGGCACUGCGACUACAGAAAUUUGUUUCCCUAGUAAAAACCGAGGCAAAAUACCAUCCUGGGUAAUCGGCUUUCCCGCUGUUCUCAACGAUUUCUACACCAUUAUCAUCCUUCAGUACUGCGAGUGAGACCUUGUUUUUCAGUGUACUGUUAACAUAGUGAAAUAUAAUCUUGGACUUCUGUUCGGCCUGUCGGAUGAUUCUGGAUUCAUACUCCUUCCACGCCUGACGGAUACAUUCUUUGACUGCAUGUCGUUUAAAACAAAAUUCUCCGAGAUGCCCUGGUGACCCGGAUCCCCUGAAUAUUUUUCUCGUUUGCUUUUUUCCGUAACAGCCUGCUCAAGUCCCUGGUUAACCAGGCAGGUCGACAAGUCGUUCUUUUUAGCUUAGGUAGACAACAGGGCCAAAUUAAAUCGAGAGAAAUCGUUUUAAACAGUCUCCAUUUGUCCUUUGGAACUCCCUCGUGGAAAGGGUCCCAAUUCACUGACAUCACUUCGUUCUUCAUCAUGUUAAGAUCUGCCUUCCAUAUAUUAGGUUGGCCCUCUGUUCUCUUAUGGUGUUUAGAGAAGAGCGAGCAGUCGCAUAGUAGCGUAGUAUGGUCACAUUUUGCGCAAGAUGCAUUGGAAUACACUUCGUCGAUAUUAGGGAGAUCGUUAGUGAAAACUAGGUGCAAGCAAUUAGCUCUCUGUUUCACUCUACGUCUUGUUGGGAUCUUCACAUGUUGCGACAGAGGGAAGUCGAUUGUGAGGCCCAUUAACUUAUUGCUGGAGGAAGUUGACCCGUCGUUAACUACCAUAGUUUCCCAAUCUAUUGAAGGUGCGUUGAAAUCCCCAGAAAAAGAACCUCUUGAUGGCUACCUACUUCCAUGACUAAAUGAACUAGCGACUCGUCAGCUGCACUGGGAAGGUUUGUUGGUCUGUAAAUCGCCAGGAAUUCCAAGUUUUGAACAUUACUCUUCUUUAUAUUUAUCCUGGUGAACUCAUAUUUUUCUUAACUCCUAUCUUCAGGACCGAUAUCAAGUGGUGCAAAUUCGAAACGUAGUCUCAGAACCAUCCCCUAUUACCAGUGGAGUACUUCAAGGCACUAUCCUAGGUCCCAUUCUAUUUAUCAUAUAUAUUCACGACUUAUCGUCCAUAUCAGUAUCAGCUAAGACGUUUUUAUAUGCGGACGACCUUAAACUUGCAUAUGCAUAUAACGGAAACACAGUUGCCAAUAUCCACAGAAAAAUUGAAACUGACGUCAGAAAACUCAGCGAAUGGAGUUGUAAAUAGCAGAUGCCCUUUUCAUCCGAAAAAUGUUAUCUCCUGGUCUUUGGCCCACAAAAACUUCCGCCCGUAAUUUUCGAGGAUAAUGAAAUGACGAAGGCCCCAUCGGUAAAAGAUUUAGGUCUCAGCUAUACAAAUACUCCAGAUUUUUCUCGCCACGUUCGUCAAAUAUCACCGAAAGCCACUCGCCUAUGUGGAUUCCUAUGUAAAAAUUUCACUUUAAAUGAACUAAGAAUACGACAUUUCAAAAUGUGUGUUUUACGUCUCCUAGAUUAUUGCUCAAUUUUCUUCGGUAUAAUGCCCUCAGACGGCCGAAAGUAACUCAAAGGCAUUCAGAGACGUUUUACUCGAUUUUUGUCAAGAAGUGAUGUCACCCAGGGUUCAUACUUAGAACUAUAUCAACUAUAUGGUCUUCGACCACCCUGGAUCAGAAGACUCCAAAAUGGUCCAAACUUCCUAUUCAAAGUCACCCAUGACCGAGAUAUUCUCAAAAUGAAUUUACUGACAAACCAAAACGCCCCCAGAAACACCAGAAAUAACGAAGAUAUUGUACGAAUCCCCAAAUUCACAAAGUCCCAACGGUAGACUUCCUACACCAUAAUUAUCUUAAGAUAUGCCACUAUCCGGAAUGCUCUUCCAAGUUCUAUCCGGAAAAUUCGAACCCUAAUCAAGUUUAAAAUAAAAGCUAAGAAAUUCCUUUCAAAUAACAAUACACAUUUAUUUUUAAAUAAAAUAGGACACUUUUCAAGUCAAUUCUUUGAUAUCGAAUUUGGUCCGAAAGGGCCCUUAUGAUACCAACCGCUUGUAUAACACCGAAACAUUCACUGAAAAACAAUCAAAUUUACGAAAGAUAGCAUCAUUGAUAAAUAUAGAACGAAUAGGGAUAUUCUUCCUUUCCUCCCUUUACCGUUUCUAUCGGCUAUGUAACCUGACACUAAAUAUCCCUUAAGGAGCUAAUAAUAACAUCACUUUCGAUAAAACCCUGCAUAUUAGUUGUACGGACGUCAAUAUUAAAGUCAUACUAAACAUAUAUACAUCUGUAUUAGAUUAUAGUAAACAUUCGAUCACAAAUCCUAUAAUGUCACAUUCACAAGAAUCAAUAUGAUACAUAAUUCAAUAUUUUUCUAACAGCUUUAAUUGUGACUUACUAUUGAUAGUUUCUUACUCCUGAUAUAUAUAUAUUCAUCUUUUCCAGCUCUUAAUCCAGACAAUUAUGUCAAACCUCCAGAAAAAUACGAAGGAAAUGUGCGACCGCCCCUUUACAGCUGGCCAGAUAGACUGACAACCACUGUAGCGGCCGAGUGGGUAGCGGACGUCGAACCGCGGACAGUGAACGAAGGGGAUGAGGGAAGUUUGAAUUCAGACGGUCCAGUAGAUUGGAAAACUCGGUGUAAAAGGCCUUGAACUUCAGAAUAAACGGUAGUGGGGUAGACAGGCGUACGGGGCAUAAUGUAGACAACGAAAAUGAUAAAAAGAUAAAGGUUUAUUGAGAUAUACAAACGGAAAUCUAGUAACGGGACUGCGUAAAAACAAAAGAGUAUGAAAGGAGGACUUAUCGAGUGGGUCCGCAGUUAAUUGUCGAUACGCGGCUUCCGGAACGAAGACUCUGCCAUGCAAAACGAAAACAGUGGCCAGUGUAUAUUCAAACACUCAAGGUCGGGUCCCUGGUCAGAUCUCCGACUGUUACACCACCAACUAAAACGCACCAAAAUUUACCCAACUGGAAAAUAGUUUCAAGGUCAGGUCAUUAUCAAAGUUCUUCAAUUUCCAUGAAAGACAUAUUAUUCAUCCCCACCCAGAAACUACCAAACUGCACACUUCAAUUUUUAUGUUUUUCAUAUCGUUCUUUCUUAAAACGUUUGUGAUUAUUUCUCCGUGGAUUUCAAAACAAACUCUCAAUUCGCGCUCUAUUGGCUAAAGAGACACCCAAGACAAAUGCAGUCAAAGUGCAGUCGAAAUGGACGAGUUUGUUGUAGGUAUUUUCCUGUGUUCAAGGGAGGCUGACAGUGCCUAAGGGGCCUUUACUAAACAUAUUCUAUUCUAUAUUCAAGGAAGAGGGUUUGCAAUCGUUCAACUACCGAAAUUCCAAUCCUUACAUAUACGACUACCCCACCGCCCUGUCUAUUUUGACGGUCUCUACGAAGGAGCUGGUAACCCGGUAUCGAAAUCUCAGCAUCCCCAAUUGCUAUAUGAAGUCAAGCUUCGGCUAUGGCUAUGACGUCGGGGUUUCGUUCUGAAACGACCGCUUUGAGUUCUUCGAACUUUGAAACGAGACCUUGGGCAUUUAUACACAAAAGUUUCAAUUUAGCAUGAGCAACUACGGCAUACAGACGUUUAUCCAUUUUAUGGGAUUAAAUGCAAAAGCCGGUCGGAGCUGAUCGGAAUGGGCUGCUUUCCAUCACUCCCAAGUUGUUAGGGUUAUGGGCUUCCUCCAUGGGAUUGGCCUCUGGACGCGUAUAAUUGUCACGUUCUGUAUUCUGAGAUUUUUCUUGCCCAGGCUUGACCGGCUGACGACUUCCAAUUCGAGUUCCUUCCAUUUUUCUCUCUCCGCGUGUGAAAAGUCCCGCUGAAAAACUCAUGAGUAGGCAUUUUGGAGUGCAGAUUUCCUGCUCAAUAGUAACUGCGCUUGUUUCUGAAUAUGGAAGACAAUUUUUAGCGGUCGGUCGGUGGGACUCGUGUUUUGAGUUUUUUAUUUGGCCCAUCCUGAAAGAAGUUAAUAUGAUGACUUUCUCGUCUCCUCUUAAGAGCGAUAUGAGAUAUUCCUGGAAUAACUCUAUAUCAUGUUAUAUUCUGUCCUUUGGAGUUUCGGAAACAGAUGCAGACAUACCCUUUAUGACAAUCCAUUUAUUACGUUCAACUGAACGGUCUUCUGGUUUAAUCAUUCGUGCAGAGACUUUAUCACAGAUAUCCCGACUACCGCCAUUCACCGACACAGGAAGGUUUGAUUUGGCAGAACUAACGUAUGACUGCCUGUUUACUACGAUCUCUUGAUUAUGUGUCAUUUUCAGAGGCACUAUUUUUGUUUGCGGUGUACCGAACUCUUGCUCCCUCUUCUGACUCCCCAUACCUUUUAGAGGUGCUCUGAGAUAUCUUUUUGUUCGCUAAGAUACCGUCUGGCUACCCUUUUCUUGCAUAAGACACUGGCUGUCAUGCAUAUCAGGCUCUAGAGAGCUAAUCUUUCCCUUCUCCUCCGUCGACACAAAUAAGAAAGCCGUUUUUGCGUAUGUUCAUUAAUUUUCCUGAAUUUGGGAUGUCGCCGAUACCUCCUAUUUGGGUGAAUAGCAAGGUUGAUUCCUCAGCUUCUCCAUCUGCAUUCUCAGGCCCCUAAUAUCCCCCACUUCCAAAAUUUUUUGAAGGAUAAGGAAAAUAAAAGGUCAGUCGCGUCUGCAUUCAGAUAAAUACUUUAUAAGGGAGUUUGUGAUAUCGAAAGUUCCUACUGAGUACGAGUUGGUAAUCUGGUUUAUCAGUUUUCGAGCAGUUGCAGAUGCAAAAUUAUUAGCGGUGGUAGGGCAUCAGAAAAAGGAGAAAGUUAAGGAAUUCAGUCAGUCUCAAUGAUGAAAUGUUUGGCAAAAAUAAAUUUAACAUUCUUGCUUUGCCCGACUUCUCUGUAAUGAAGGUCUCGUUGGACGAGUUUGGUUUGGGUUAUUUUUCUGUGUUCAAAGGAAACCUGCACUGCCCAAGCGGUGAUAUAAUUAACUAAUUUUAUUAUUUCAAAAGAGUACGAGCAUUUCAGGCUACCAGAAUGAACGGACACACCCUACCAGUCUGGUAAGUGGAGUAGCGGGGAGGAGAGAAAGGGGAAGAUAAUUUUGUCUCAGAUUUUAUUGUUUCGACCGCGAGUUUAGUGUCUGCGUGCUACGAUAAGUGCGCAGGGUACAUGACCCCAGCAUUCGUCCAGGGCAUCUUUUUUAACGUUUUCCCCCUCAUGGGGAUGAGCAGUGAUCUCUUUAAAUGGAGCUGCUCAGUUGUAUCAGACGGCUGCCGAACUGCACUAUGGAUCACGACUUUUGUUUAAUGAGAGAACAACCCCAGUUAGUCCUGGAUUGAUUACGACAUCGCCAUAAGCCUGAAGGGGAUUAGGGAUGGUUGACGGGUAGGGAGACGGAAGCCAGAGCUUUCCCGUCCCUCUCUUAGUUAAUCGGCUGCUGAAAUAUAAACGACUAGCCGACGAAUUCAACAGAACGACGUCUAACUUACAAUAAGGACAGACACGAAUAAGCAGACAAAAUAAAGCAGGCAAGAACAAGCAGAAGCAGAGGCAGGCAGAGGAAAUCCAACGGAACAGCAUUCAGCUUUCAACAAGGACAAGCUCGAACAAGCAGACAGUGAGCCAGCAAACAAUAACAAGCAAAAGCAAAGGCAGCAGAUUAACGUUCGCUUUCCUGGCGGCUCACUCACCUUGUGGCCUCGGGUGGUAUUCCAGACGGAGCCUCAUCACUCAGAUGUCGAUGCCGGCCAGCGGAGCCGAGAUUACGUGUGCGUCUAUUUAAUAUAAUAUAAUAUAAUAAUUUUAUUUAAUGCCAGUUUACAGGCAUUGUCAGGGAAGCGUUAAACACAAAUCUGGCCAGCAGUGCAAAAAACACUCCUGCGGAAAAGGAAUAAAAAUAUAAUAGAUGGUGUUUGUGGUUUGGAGGGCUCGAGAGAAAAAAUCAGUCUUUGCAUUACCUGGAGUUUAUAAUCUUGUCCUAACACAUUAGAGGAGGACGACAUCGGAACACGCUGAAGGAAACGGACAAGUAGAACGCACCGACCGUACGAUUAUUAGCCUCUAUAAUGCAUUUUGCCCAGGACCACUAUUCUAAUGAUUGCGAACAGUAGACUACGUGACAAUGAUAGCCUAUUGGGCCACUACUCAUGCUUCAUAUGACUACAUCGUUUACAAGCUUAUUGAUCAUCUUUUCAGAUUUAUAUUCGAUUUGUAACUGCUACUCCAGGGAAGUACAUCUCCAAUAGGUAUGUCAUAAACCUACACAAGCAUUUAACUUCGAGCACAAUUUAGCAUUCAGCACCCUCGCAGGCUCCAUUAUCGCCAAAAAGAAUAUUUUGACCGGCACACCUACGGAUCAGCUAAACAACUUGUUGACUCACUUUUAGGCUUCAGAUCAGUAGAACUGGUUCGUACGUCAUACACAUUAUUUCCACCUGGAAAGAUCCCUUUGUGCUCAUCGAAUCUAUGACGCCUAACACUGCCAUGCUCAAAUGUGGGGUGCCCUAACUUUAAAGUUAAUUUCGGCAAAAUCAUGCCGCACAGGAGUCGUCCACCUGAUAGUUCGGUGAAAUCACCCCCUAUCUUGCCACCAAACAACGGUCCUACAAUCCUCAAACUAUAAAGCGAUUGUUGAAAACCACAACACCAAACAAGUCGGUCCUGCGAAAGGGUCUCCACCUAAAGGAAGAAUUGCAACGGAGAAGGAGUGAACAAUGGUUGUCUGCGAUUAAAUAAGGUUAUUUUUAGCCUUCAAACUGUUGCAGAUAUGGCGGCUGAAGCCCAUGCAGGUGCGCGAGGGAAGUCAUCUUUGGGGUAGCAAGAGCGAGAGGACAGCUAACUACUUCGGUGUUGGUUCACUUAUCUGAUGCUCAUGUCAAGAUUGACAUGUUUUUGAAAGUGAUUGUGCCACCCGAAGUGCGUUGAGAGUGCUUAAUACAAAUUGCCCGUAGAAAGGACCCAGAACAUACUAAAACAACAUCAGAUAGGAGUUGUUUCAGGCAAUUUUUUCACUAUUGGUCUCUUGUAGCAUAAGUGACUGAAUAAGCACGGUGAUCUACACACCGAGCAAAAUGAAACAAAGCUACCCACGUUUACCAUAAGCAAUCCAUGUACACUCUAUCAUGUCUCUAACGCUCUUAUUUCAAAUGCUGAAUGUAUUCAUAUUGACCCAACUGUGAAAAACUCGGCACCUCGGUGGGAUUCGAACCCACGCAGUAAGGGGAAGGCUUUAUCGCAGCCAACGUUCUAACCACCUGAGCUACGAGGCCCCGCCGGACGACGCGAGUUUAAUCACAUCAAAGAAAUGCUGAAUGAUCCCUCCACUGUUUCGAAUGAGUGUAGUAAUCAAGUCCGCCGCCUCAGAAUAUCGAAAAGAGAUCCGUCGGCCUGAUAGCACGCAUUAGCCUUGUGGAGGUAUACUCAAGUUCUUUGAGUAGGUAAUCAAACGCGCAACACGCGUCUCAGAUGAUACAAACAGUGGCACAAAAAACGUUUUCCUUCAACAUGGACGUCGCACGAAUGAGUUAAUCCGGAAAUAGCCUGCCAUACAUACACACGUACGAUUGCACUUUCAUUCCUCACGUGAGGCUGUCCAGUUCCAGCCACGUUAUUCUGCCCGUCUUUGCAGGCUAAAAAAACAAAGUCAUCAUAGUUUCCCCUCUGCUAAAAAACAAAGUCAAUCAUAGUUUCCACUCUCCCUCGCUACGUGAGAGCAAUGCUUAUGCAAAUACUUUAAUAUAGUAACUAUACAAUUCAGAUUUCUGUCGGUAGCGCGUCAGUCUUAAAAUACGUAAUCAUGAGGCUUGAAAAUCUCUGCCACACUAUGAAGAUGAUGAUAACCGCGUUUUACAAUUAGGUUUAUGUUGUUGCCGAUGAGCGCUCUCCCCAGCUCUCUUCUUUGCUCUCCACAGAGUUUUUCCUGUAUCAGUGAUUCUUCAGCAAGCUCUGACUAUAUAUUUCAAAGAAAGAGAGCUCGGUACUGUUUAUUUAAUUCUCUCACACAGUAGAUUGUCGUCCGUCAAUUCUCCGUCGCUCUAUUCAAAGUUCUUCCAUACCUCUGCCCGUUGUCCAGGACAAACGCCUCGUCUGCCUAAAGAUAACGCGGUUCCGGACAUUGCCUUUGUUGUUUCGCCGGUAUCCCUUAUUUGUCAUAUCCCCUUUCUGUUUGCAAGUUUCAGAAUUCAAUCAGCGUUGAUUUUGUUGUUAUUUUGUAGUCUUGGUCCUCUUGACCCUUGAAUAUCCACUGGAUUGGAAAUUUGGCGUGUAGACCAGUAGUCUACAAGCAUAUUUUACCUAAUUAAAACCGAUGUCUUUACUUGGUGCCUAAGAGCCACAUCUCGGGAUGCAUACAAAAUAGCGGGUUUGGUCGAGCUGUUUAUAGGAAAUCUUUAAGCUCUAUGCCGAUUAGUUAAAUUAUGCUUUGGCUGAUAUCUUCUCGUUUCCCUUAACAAGGUGCCACUGACGCCGCACUUAAAAGGCAGUUUUUCAUUUCCACGUUUCCGUCUUCUGCACUGUCCGUGCUCUGUCCUCAAUUCUGAUGAGACAAAAUAAUCCGAGUCUCCACGCUCUGUUUAAUCCCACUACCCUGCUAACAUCGUUCAAACAGGCCCCAUCUGUCGUUUAUAUGAGUCUUUGAGAAUCUUCCUCUGGGGACUUUGUUUAAGCAUUCAAAAUCAUGAACCUUAUGAAGUAAAUCAUUUUUCAAUCAGAAUCUUGGAUCAAUGGUCACUCGUGGAAAUGCGCAGGAUGCCAAACUGUCAUCGACUUCUGAAUCAUCCUCCGGAAGUACCCCGGAGUCGUCACCAGUCACCCCCACUUCUUCACCAACUCUCCGACAGAAUCUGGAUAAGGAAACUUACAGGCGCUUAUUGGAUGCCGAAGUUCCAUUGUCCAUUAUUCCGAGGUCCCUUGAAAAUGGGUUCGUGUAUGUUGCUCCGUGGAAUUUUCUCAUGUUGUUUGCCUCGAAGAAGGCUGUUUAAAAGUCGCAUUUUAUUUGUUUUUACUGUUAGAAGCCAUGGGUCUCGAGUAGAUUACAACGUUCGAAUGUUUCACUGCGUAAGCGUAGACAUGCUAGUCUAUAAAAAAAGAGAUAAGAAGAUUAGCCUGACGUUUGAAAUGGGCGAUCAUUAUCGAAUUCACGCUUUCCUUUUCCCCAAUUUUUGACAAAACAUGGACUGCCGUGGUAAGAGUAUUUCCAGAGCAGCUUCAUUUUUCACAUUUCGUUUGUAUCCGUCCGCUUUUUAAGUUAGGAAGAUAAUAAGUAUCCUCUAUUCGUCGUCCAACUGUCAUUCAUUCGUUGUCAUUGAUCUCACUAGCGGAUUUUGCACAAAGUACGCGAACCAGUUUUACCUACAGUGAUCUUAUGCUCUAUGCAUGCUGUCGUCUCCUGGCGUUUUCAGUUAACUUGAGUCCUACUCCUGAUAGCGCAGGACCCUCCCUCUUGUGACCGAAGCAAUAGUUACGCUUCAGUUGAUCAGCAGUCCUGACCAUAAUUUAGUUAACUGUUGGAAAUUUCCCUAAAACGGGGCAAUGUCUUUCAUGGUACCAGGUCAUUAAAACCGCGCUAGGUGAGCGUUAAUACUGCACGCACCAUUUUCAACAAUUUUGCGGUUUCACUUAUUGUCUAACUAAAUAAUGCUUAUCUACUUAGUAUGAUACGCCAUCUAUGACUUCUUUUACCUCUCAAACACAAAACAUUAUACAAGAUUUAUUUGAUAUUCUGAGUUCACACGCCCUUUUCACCUUCAGAAGCAACGCCUCAGGAAAUCGCAUUGGAUCCGCGCAAGGUAUUCAUUCUAAACCAUUUGCUUUCUUCUAUAAGGUAGACCGCACAAACAACCUUUCUGAGAUUGUGCUUUAUCAACGAGUUUUGCCCAAAACAGUCUGGUCCUCGUACCCACAAUUUUCGCAGUUCUGCAACCCUAGGCGGUUAGUUAGAUGUCGUGUGAUGUCCGGCGUCUCACACUAUCAGACCGUUAAUUAGGUGCGCUUCUUUUUGUGAUCUUACUGCAGGUCUUGAACCGUGAUAUGUCGGGAUGUAAACCUUGCACUGGCUAUCCUCGUUCUAAUUCACUAUGGCCAGGCCUUACUCAACAUUUUUGACUUAUAGUUUCUGUGAUUUGUUGACAUUCAUUUAUAUGCGGCUGCGUUUUUAGGGCAGACCUAAUGUUAGUCGUCAUGGGUAUUGAUACGUAGAAUGCCUCGUGGAUCUCUUCUCCUGGGCAUGUAUUCCUCGUAUAAAUACAGGCAUGUUGCCCGUUUUGUUUCUAAGUUACGCAUAAGUAGAAUCUAGACCGCACAGAAAGCAUCUCUUCAUAUACUUAAAAUUUAAAAUAACUAUUCGAUUAUGCCCAUUUUUUUAUUCGGAAAUGGCAGGCCAAAAUCGGCAAAUCAUACUUAAAAAUCGAUAAAACACCAGAUCUUCUAAAAAUAACCUGUUUAGCAUAAUUUGCGGCAGGUUUUGUUUGCUAGAACUCUCAAGGUUAAGUUAGUCUGGAAGAAAAACAAGCUCGGAUGCGCGAACCAAGUCAAGGACAGCUAUUUACAUGUAAAUUUGCCCAAAUAUAGGGUAACGUAGAUUUCUGCCUAGAUUAACAGAAAUUUCGCCAGCCCAGAUAACUUUAACACAUGUUCUGCUCGAAAAAGAGCUUUUUUGGAAGGGGCCAGCGAAUUACUAAAAUGAACAAGAUGUGCAUGUCUCCUAUCACUAUAAUCCAAUUCACGAGCAAAUUUGUAGAAAUGUUGCCAGGCAGAAUAACUUGGACACGCAUUCUGCUCGAAAAAGGAUGUUUUAUGAGAAGGGGCUAGGCGAAUGCUUGAAACUGGCAACGUUUGAGGUGCCAAGAAACUGUCAUACCGGUUCCUGCCAUCACGUUUCCCGAGUUUGGUCACAUGUCGUAUAUAUGAAGGCAACUCUUGGUCUACAGCAUCAAUUAUGUCGGCCUUCUCUUCCACCUUUUUAUGGUGCAAGAAACGUUAUUUUCUCGUGUUAUCGGGCUGUUUGAUGGUUGCUUUCACAUUGUUGACUCAUCACGACCUGUCUGUUUAAUCCCUAUUCUGAUUUUCCCCGAAUUUAUUCAACGCAUUAUUUGCGUUAUAGUCUGUCCAAAGUUCUCUUCAUCCGUCAGAAACAUGCGACAGUCAUGUAGCGCACAAUGAAAUGUCACCUUAACAUACUAAGCUCUCAUCUUCUUUCUCCAUGUCUCAUGGGAAACUACCACAAAGUGACUGGUAUGGGGAUCGAGGCGGGAGAGCUGGGCUUGGUGACAUCAACACCGAUCUUCUUCCUAGUUUGUUCACCUACUUCAGGUUCCCCUCUGAUGAUCUAGGCGCAUAUUAUUUAGAGUAGUCUCUUCUCUAAAAACAGUUCACUCUUUUGCCCCCUCCACCCUUCUUUCCCCCACUAGUCUCAGCUACUGCCUCAAGGGGUCUCCCUCUAAUACCGGCAGCUGCAAAACGACAGCUCACACGUCCGACCACUGCUUCGGCAGCCUCAUCUGCAACAACAUCCGUCCCCUCACCGGGUCUCUCUGUAGUACCCGCGGUCGGUGAACGACAGCUAACACGUCCUACCACUGCCUCGGCAGCGGCUUCGGAAUGGUGCAAGACGGUGAGCAGUACACCCUACUUGUCCGACACCUGGCUGAAGGAGUUCUCCGGCUCUGCGGCCUCCUCAUCCUCCGACGCCAACAGGCGUGAUCAGGCCCGAGCAGAAUUGGAGGCAACGAUUGAGUUCUGGGAGUCGAAGGUUCGUCUUUGCCUCCGUCUUCUUGCCCCCUCCGUUUCCCGUUAAAUUUGUCCCAUACUUGUGAUGAUUCCAGACGCCCUGAACGCCCCGUGCCCGGAUGAAAUGUCGAACACAAAAGUAGUGAGACAAAUAUUCGGUGUCUGUGAAGAGUUAACGGCGUCAAGAGCAUUAUGGUGGUGGAUAGAAACUUUCGUAUAAGGGUGCAUCUGUCCUCCACAAGUCUCCAUUUUAUACCGACUGUGUCGUUUGUCGGGGUCCACUUUUGAUGUUUUACUUACGGAAAGGGCAAGGAUCGUCUACGUGACCUCCCCUCGGCCUAAGACGGGAAUAGGGACCUCCCGUAAUGCGGACGGCUUUGCGCCAAAUUCCAAGGAGAUCAGGGCCAAGACUAGAGUUACGUCGAUCAAAAUCGUGGUCAUUUGUUGCGUAAACUAGGGGGUGCGGAGUGGAGCGCCAGGGCGCGGAUCCGUCUAAACCAUCCACCUGCGGCCUCCCCCAUCUCCGGUCCUCUUGACUCUGUCUUGACACCGGGCUCAGGUUGGGGAGGAGAAGAGAAUGCGGUAGCUGCUGUGUAUGUCUACUGGCACUCUAAACCCCCGCGCAAGUCACCGUCCCUGCUCCCACCCUGCUGUAUGGACAUCGUCGAAAUCGACGGUCGAACUAUCAUUACGGGGCCGGUGUUCAUAUUACCAUGUCCUGCCCGGGCGCGCAUAAUUGAUCCCGACCACUGAAGUGGUAUUCGGCCUCUGACCUUUUCCCCUCCUCUUGCAUUGUGGAAGUGUCCUUUUGCACUUACAGCAUUGCUCUCAAAUUACUAUUUCUGUCGUCGCCUGUCUGUUCGUUUAUAUCUGGAUCCAGUUUCACCAGCCUUCCCUUUCCUGGACUACCCAAGUGUAGCCAUUUUUCUCCUUCACAAAAUGGUCACAAAACGGGGGAUUUUUGGAACUUUCUGGUGAUUUUACAGUUCCGCAAUAAAUACUAGCAGAGACAAGGUAAGUUCAGGCGGUCAUUUCUAGCCUACAUGCCAUUUUCGACCAGCAACAUGACAACUCCGUUUCGGAUAACCCGGUGGUUUAAGUCAACCGUUAAGGCCACGCACUCGCUGUCAUUGUCGGCUGCGAUCGGGAAUGUUACCUAUCUUAAGGGUGGUGUAGGGGGGGGUCAUUCAGUGGUCUAUAUGCGAUACGCAACACGCUUGACGCUUUGUAUCUUGGAACUCCAGUCUGGAACACUCACAGUCAGUCACGUGACGGCCAGGACUUCAGGCUUGUUACUUAAUGGUAGGGUGUUGGACUUAUAAGCGCUCAGUGACUAAGGCUCAAAUCCGUAGUUGGUGUACGGCUGAAUGACUACAGCAAGCAAGACAGAAAUGGCCAUCUCAGCCCCCUACCCCGUCCCCGGCGGUAUUUAGUCUGCAUUGUUAUCACUUAAUCGUAUGUCGAUAUCAAGUACAUAUUUUACACCAGGCCACUGUUCGGAAAUGAAUAAUAAGACCGAGGGACAAAUUCGUCUUAACUGCCAAUCACUUGUCUCCGGAAAAAAGCCUAACUCUUGAUGUUUAUUCCUCAUCGUCCUUUGUCAAUCAGAGAAAGGCUGCCGAACGAGCCAAAAUCGAUGCCCUGGGGAACCGUCUGGCCUGUCUUCUGCGCACUCCCCCGGUUUUGGAGGAUCCCUACCUGAAACCACAGCCGAUACCGCAGGAGUUGCCCUACAAACGACCGCCGACAAAACGGCCACUCCCGGGUAAGCUGCAUUCUGCUCCCGCUGUACUCUUCUCCUCUCCCCUCUCCCCCUUUCCGUCCUCUCAUUCCCGGUUCGCUUGCAGUCCUUACAGACCGUCAACUGGAGUUUGUUCAGGAGUCCCUGCGCUCUGCGGGGCUGGACACUGUGCUUGUAAACAACUUCCGUUUGGCCGUCACCCGGCGAGAGCUAAUGACCUUGACUGCAACCAAUUGGCUCAGCGACAUGGUAUGACUGCGCUUUGCAAAGAAAGAUUUGGCUUCGAUAAAGACCCUCUUUGCAUUUGCCGGCUAACAUGUUUGUGUCCCAUUUUGCAGGUCAUCAAUUUCUACAUGCAACUGCUCUUUCACCGCGGUCAACGGGUCCGUAAGGCCGAGGGUUUCACUCUGCCUCGGGUGGCUGUUAUGUCUACGUUCUUCUACGCCAAACUAAGUUCCGGAACGGGCUACCAAGGUGUACGCAGGUGGACGCGCCAGAUCAACCUCUUUGAGCAUGACUUAGUGUUCUUCCCCAUCCACGAUCGCGGUAUCCAUUGGUGUCUAGCAGUGAGUAUUUCCCCUCUCUCCCUCCCCCCCCUUGCUUAUGUCCUCCGUUCUCGGCUAAGUAGGCUACUGUUUUUUUAGGCCAGAUUAGUCUGGAGGCCUUCGCUCGAUUAGAUUAAACAGUUGCCCUGCUAGAUUCCAAUGUCCUUAUCUUGGUCCUCAGAAAUGCGGACUAUAUGCUGCCUGCUUUUACGUAAAAAAUAUCCACUAUUAUUCGCAUAUGCUAGAUUAGGAACAUCAGGUCUUUUGUUGGCCUUAUUAUUUGUUGCAUUAUUGUUUAGAAAAUUCGCCGUCACUUGUCAGGGAGUGUCCGGCGUCUCCACAACCUUGGCAGACCUUUGCAGACUCCCUCCUGGAGGUUGCUAUUCGCUGUCUACGGCUACCGGGGGGGUGGGGGGACCAGGCUAAUACGGGGAACGGAGCGUUGGUCGAUCGAUGUCAAAUUAGCUACUUAAUUGAUAGAUUGAGAAUCUUCUUCAAGCAGGCCUACUAGGGAAAGAGCCUUCCAGCCCACUUUUGCCCUCCACUGUCCGUUGCAAUACCACAACAUUUCGGCCACUUUCCUCCCCCCCCUGGCGUCCAACCGAGGGUGGGCUUGUGAUAUCAGUUCGACCGUCCCGAGGGCGAUUCUGUCCACCGUGUGCACCACUGCGAGGUGGGCGCAGGACGAUGACUUGCGCGUUAGGUGUCAGCAGACUUGCGCUGCAUCUGCCGCACUCUCUCCUCCCCCACCCGGUGGCAGGGCAGAGUCAGAAAGACCGAGGCGAAAUCAGAAAUCAAUCAAAAAUCUGACAAAUUUCAAACCUGGAUGAUAUCCCUUGAGCAAAAGUUUCAAGAAGACUUAGUUUGCCAUAAAACCAAUGAUGAUGGCAGCAACCGUAUUCCUGGUAUUGGUAGUAUUGGUGGUGACAGCGGCGGCGGCGGCGACGGCGGUGAUGGUGGUGCCAGUAGUAGUAGUAGUAGUAGUAGUAGUAGUAGUAGUAGUAGUAGUAGUAGUAGUAGUAGUAGUAGUAGUAGUAGAAGUAGUAGUAGUAGUAGUAGUUGUUGUUGUUGUUGUGCUAGUACUGACGCUAUUUUGAUCGCUACAACUUGAUUUUAAUUAUCAUCUUUUUUGUUGUGUUCGAUUCCUUUCUGUACUUGGCUUCUUCCCCUUUUCCACAGGCUGCCGAUCUCAGGAAUAAAACUCUUACCUAUUAUGACUCAAUGGGCGGAGGAAAUGACCACUGUCUGGAUAUUCUGCUGUAGGUUCCUCUCGUUUGAUCGAUUUCAUCAAUGUUUUUGCCAUUUUGAUCGUCAAUACAGUCCGCUUGUAGUCUUCUCAUGCGCGAAAUCGCCUUUCCAUUGUACCAAAUAGUUUUGUCAUUCUUGUAUCGCCAUGUGUGUGAGAAUUGUUGGCCUUCACAGUCUUUCCAUGCAUGGCUUUGAAGCCAGCCAAUAAGACGCAAACUGUCGGGAGAACAGAGGGCGUUUAGUGCGCCGAGACCGGCGUUCCAUUUUUCCUAACUUGAUUACUUAUCAAAAACCCAUGUGGAUGUGCUUUAUUGAUUUUUGACGGUUACAUUAUCUAACUGCGAAAGGUUAGGUUCGCAACGUGCCAACGUAAUCACACCAACUCAAAGUAAUUACGUAGGUCAACAGCAUUGUCUCCAUCAGGUGCGGCUACAUAACCACAUCAGACCGUAUACAGAAACCGAGUAGUCCUCUAAGGCGGCAGUGGCCGCUGGCGAAGCGAGGGCUGGCGUUGACUGCGUCCAGUCUUGCCUGCGAGUCCUCGAUCGAGUACUGGCAGCCGCAUUUGUAGGCUUGUGGGCCAAUUUCAAGUGGUCUCCAGUCGGUGUGUGUUGCAUUUGCCGAGGGGUGAUGGCCCAGUGGCUUAAGGUGCUGGUUGCAGGGAGGGAGGUGCGUUCAAGGGACCGCAUGGGCAACCGCGACUGUGUGGCCGCAGGCAUGCAUGUCUGAGCUGAAGUCGAUCGAGUGGCAUCAGGUCAGCGCGUCUGGAACGGCUCGCUGCAAGGGGUGAAUGACCUUGAGGCAGUCAGCGAGGCCUUGGACAAUCACGUCAGACUGGCCAUGAUGGCUGUCCGCAACGUGGGUUCAUUCGUUUUGGGGGGAGGCUUCACUUUUCCCAGCGUCCUCUGAUGAGGACAUUGAAUUUCCACCUUUCACUGACGUAGGAGUUGUUACACUUACUGCAAUUGUUUCCUCGCCUCAUCUACCUUCCCCUCCCCUUUAACUCCCAUCAGUCUUGUUGAAACCAGAGGUCCAGCCUCGUCUUCUUGAUGACGUCCAUGUUGGCCUUCUUUUCGUCCACGGGAAGCCCAAUCAGUGUUUCUGUCUGCGUCAAAUUUUGUCUGAUAAGAAGUGUAAGGGACGGCGGAUGUCCCCUUUAGCGUCAUUAAACUGCGUAUUGAUGUCGGGUACAUCUACUGCUUUAGCCUCUUUCGGGUCUCUCAUCCCUUCCCUCACUCAGGCUGAUUGUCCGUUUUGCUGAUGUAAGCGUGUGCUAGCCAGUAUCAGCAAACCAUGGCUCCUGCAGCCCGGUAUGCGUUGGCAAUUCCCUGACACCUGGCUCCCUGCCGGUAGAUGCGCUUUUGCUCCCACUGGGUAUACAAGUGGUGGUCGUGGCUGCUCAGUCAUCAUCUUCCUUCUGACCACUGUCGGGUGUUGUUGUUGCUGCUGCUGUUGUUGGUCAAAAACCUGGUCACUUGGCGUGUGGACUAGGGAGUGUGAAGUGGAACGCCAAGGUGCGGGCUCGUCCACGCCAUCCACCUACGCCCUCCCCCUGCCUCCGGUCUUCUUGACUCUGUCUUGACACCGAGUCCAGGUUGAAAGUGGGGAGGAUUGAGUGCGGCAGAUUCUGCGCAAGUCUACUGCCACUUUAAAUUCACGCACAAGUCACCGCCCUUGCUUUCACCUUAAAUUGAGGCAUACGGUGACCACCGCCGGCAACGACGGUCGAACUGUCGUGUGUGUGACACCUAUUGGACGGAGGCUUCACGUCACGUUAGCCAUUGCGCCUGGCCGGACUCCCAGUCGGCUUAACUUGGACUUGUCACUGGUGCACACCAAGAAGGGAAAGAGAGAUAGGCCGAUCUUGUAUGAAUUUUCCUCACACCCACUCGGGAUCCAUUUCCACUGUGUAAUAGUUGCUAUUUAUCUAUCGUUUCUAUUUGAGAAGCGGUUAGAAACGUUUUGAGCACAGGUAGGUAAUCGAGUUAUUCAGAAUAAUUCAACACUGCUUUCAAAACCAUUAUCAAUUUCCCCGACUCCUUCCUUACUGAUUCUGACCGGUUUGAUCUCAUUGGGAGCGCCAGCUGUGGCGGGGGAAUCCCUUCCGGUCUUUCAAAGUCCAUCCGCCUUGGACUCACGCUACUUAACUACGUUCCGACUUUCCUUUUGUAUACGGUCUUUUGCAGAGAGUACCUGGACGCAGAGUGUCAGGACAAGCUGAAGAAAUCGCUUGACGGUCUUGACAAGUGGAAAAAAAUCAAUACCAAGGUACGUGCGAGAACACCGCUCACUCCUGUACAAUUUUUUUUCAUAAUAGUGGUGGUGAUGAACUAGCUGGUUGAGCUAUUAUCAUGACGGCGAAAGCGAGUUAGAUCUCGGAGGAGGGAGCCUGUUCCGUUUAAUCGUUCUGGCCUUCCUGUCGAGUGAAAUUUUUUCACAAGGCCCUAGGAGAGGGGUUUUGGCUAAAUCUGCCAACCAUUGCCAACUUAUUGAUCGCGGACUCCGGAUUAAUCAACCCGGAGUCGAUCUUCAAAUGCAGUCCAGGUCGGUUGAGCGACGGCCGUUAGCACCGCCUGUCUGGGCGUGAUGCCCACAGGCUAAGAACAGGUGGAGGCUGCGCAUUUUCCGGAAGCGUCGACCAAACACACACCUGAUCACCUUCCCCCCCUCCCCUUGUCCCCAUUAUUUCUCCCAGAACUCGGUCCCUCAGCAGGAGAACGGCUGUGACUGCGGUGUCUUUCUCUGUACCUUUGCGGAAUUCCUCUCUCGCGGCGCUGAAUUCACCUUCUCACAGGCAAGUACCGCAGUAAUCUUGAGUCCUUUUGGACCCCCCCCCCUCCCCCAGGAUUUUACCUGCAUCAGUGCAAUUCCUGCAUUAAAGCCCCGAUAUCCAAUCCCUGACUCCUUGGCGUUUGGACGCUGACUGGUUUGUUUACCGUAAAAGUAUCCGACGCCUUGUCCAGUUAUCGCUGCCACAUGUUCCAUCUAAGCAAUUCAGCGAUGCGGUUCAGCAGUUGUGUGGUUUAUAUCUUGAUCCAGUGGGCCGCCUUCCACUUAAGUCAAACAUCUCUGCCACUCCAACUUUGUAUUCCGUCCUGUAGUGUUUAGGGAGUAAAUGAACUUCGCUGCAGUAACUGAUACUGUUUCGAAGACUUGAUAAGAAACUUUUCAGUCAAAUGGCACCCCACCUGAUUUCAGCAUUGAGUAACAGGCAUAAUUCCAAUACCAUCCACAGUUUGUGGGUUUGCAUGUGCCAGUGAAGAUUCCGAGGAAACGCUCAGACGUUCUAGGGAAUGUCGAAACCCGGAAAAUGAUUUAUGUGGGCGAAGGUGCGAAUGCCGGUCUGAGAGGGGAAAGGCUCCCCUCCAGCGUCUCGUGCGUAUCAGCCAUCUAUUACUGGUCGCACAGACGUCAAAACUGCAUUCCGGCUAGUCAACUUAUCGAUUUUUUUCUCUGUGAUCGUUGCCGUCUGAAUGGCGCGACGUGCAAGCUUGUAGUCGGUCAAAUCAAGCUUUUCACCCCCCGCCCCCUCGACUGCGACGGGUCAUCGAUGAGCAUAUUUCAUAUGCCGUAGACGUGGUCAUUUCCUGUCCACUGUGAGCAGUCCUCAAACCAGCCACUUUCAUCUCGUUCCUCCAAUGUUUCUCUCUCCCUCCAGGCUGAUAUGCCGCAGAUUCGCCAACGCAUGAUGUACGAAAUCCUCACUCAGCAACUCCUCACCACGAAGACCACUCUGGCCCCUGCCUAG